CGAGGCUCCACCGUUACACGGACACCUGGAAGCUGGAGCCGUGCAUGAGGCAGUCGACACGGGCACCGAACUUGCGACGCAUCCGUGCUUCAGCUGUCGCGUUGGCUCGAUUAACAGAUUAAUGAGAGAGCCGAAGACGUUCGCGUGCUCAUGAGCGAUGGAAUUACAGAAAUUAAACUGUAUUUAAACUAUAUUCACGUCAUGAGAGCUGUGCGAAAGUACUUAGGCUAAUACUGAUAUUGAUAAAGUAAAGGCACUUUACCUAUCACUGUAAUCUAUUGAUUUAUAUGUCAUUUUAAUUGGUUUUGCAUGUGCUACUCGCAACAAGUUGGUGUGUUUAUUGUACACCUGUUGAAAGACAAUGAUUAACAGAGUUAUUGGGCGUUUUUUCCUCCCUGUUGCAUAACAUCCAGUCCACUCACUUCGUGAUUUGCUCCUUGCUGCUCAAAGGGUCCAUGAUGAGCAGGAAGCUGCUGGUGGACGUGGACUGCGGGGUGGACGAUGCUCAGGCCAUCAUGUUGGCGCUGGCCGCCCCCAACGUGGAGCUCCUGGGCGUCACCUGUGUGCACGGGAACACCUCGUUGGAGAAUGUGUGUAAGAACACCCUGCGAGUUCUGCAGGCCUGCAGCAGACUGGAGAUUCCAGUGUUUAAAGGUUCGGCCAAGCCGAUCCUUGGGGAAUGCAUUGAUGCGGGAGACUUCCACGGGAAGGACGGGCUGGGAGACGCUCCUGACCCCAACGCCCCCGUUCUGGACCUGCUUCAGAAGGAGGGCGCCGUGUCGGCCAUAAUCAGGAUUGUCAAUGAGAACCCAGGAGAGGUGACCUUGGUUGCCACGGCACCGCUCACCAACCUGGCUCUGGCUGUGAAGAUGGACCCGUCUCUACCGAACAAACUCCGAGGGCUCUACAUCAUGGGAGGAAACACUGAAUCUCGAGGAAACACUACAGUGUGUGGCGAGUUCAACUUCGCCGCCGAUCCAGAAGCUGCGCACAUUGUGCUGAACGACUACCAGUGUCCCACCUACUUGGCCUGCUGGGAGUUUACCUGCUACAGCAAGCUAUCCUGGGAGUUUUGCCACACCUGGUUGGCGCAGGACACAGACAAGGCUCGCUUCAUGGCGCGGAUCUUCCAGCACAGCAUCAACGCGUCGCAAAGCGAGCGCCUCCAGAAGGAGUUGGUCGCCGGCACGGGUUUCAUUUCCUGUGACUCGUACGCCAUGGCUGCUGCCGUCGACGAGUCGUUCAUCACAGAAAGCGACCAUUAUCCCGUCACCGUGGAGCUGACGGGCACGCACACCAGGGGCAUGAUGGUCGUCGACACCGUGGGCUUCCUGAAGAAGGCUCACAAGGCUCAUAUCAUGAAGAAGGUGGAUUUGGAGAAGUUCAAGCAGAUGAUGAUGGCUGCUUUGAAAUGACCGCUUUGAACGCGCUAAUUAAGCAAUAGUGAGCAGGGUUUCUGUGGUCUGUUGCAGGAAUGACUAAUCUCCAAUUUCAUGAAGAAUGUAAGCGCCAUAGUGUACCUUAAGUGUGGAAUAGCUUUUUACACCAAAAAUUGGGUUUGAUAAAAGCCUCUCCUUGUAAUAAACUUUCUUCACAUUUUAA